AUGACCUUCGACUUCACUGGAGAGCGCAUGCGCACUGAUGAGCCGGGGAACGCACAAGGUCCUCGCAUGAAGAUCAUUGAUGAAGGCGAAAUCUGUAGUACAGCGCCCUUGGCCUUCAACAUUAGUGGCUUGGAAUGUCAGCAGCCACCUGGUGCUGAUCUUCUUGCAGGCUACAUUUGCACCACUCCACCUUCGAUGGCGGCACCCUUCCUUCAUCGCUGGGGUGGCAUUACCAUGAAUGCUUGCGGCCGAUUCCAGCUCUGCCACUGUAAUGAGUUGUGCGACGUCAAGUCGAACUGGGUCCGGGCAGGCUACCUGGAGGUCGAGCCGGUGCUGACCUAUGGCAGCAUGUCUGCCCCUUUGCCUGGCUGUGCGGCAUAUCUGCCCACGCUACCGCCGGUGGACGCGGGCGGUGGCGCUGGGGAGAUCCUCCAGAAGACGCUGGUCACGACGUACGUCAGCAUCGAUGGUGGGCUGAGGCCCAUGCCUCACGUGCUGGGGGCCAUUGCCCAAAGCUUCGCUGUCUUUACGCAAGUGAGGUCAGAGCUUUUGGAUGCACUGGCGCCACGUGCAGCAGAUGUGGCGGUCACAGACUACAACAGUAUCUCUGACGCCCGCAGGCUUCAAGGGUGUGAAGAUGAUGACGCGGCAUUCCAGGAGGAGGCGGCCAAGGCCUCAGUGUCCGUCGCCAGUUGCCAGGAGGCUGUGACUUUGCUGGGCAGCGUGGAGCAAGUCUGCGAGGAUCUCACCCUGGCGCAAGCGGCUCCGCGACUGGAAGGGGCCAGCCAGGCGAAGCUUUACAUGCCGGCAGGUGCUGAAGCCUCCUGCUGGGCCACGGGUGCCACCUUGGCUGUGGCCGCGGUGACCAUCUUCAGGGCCAUGCGCCGGCGAAAUUGGUCGCGGGUGAGCCUGGGCCCCAGCGGCGGCUGCUUCUAUGACAUGAAGUUCCGCGCAAAGCCCGGGGACAAGUUCAAGUACCGCUACUCCACAGAUGUCUGGGAGCCUGAGUGGGGAAUCAUCCCGGAAGAGAAGGGCCGACUGAUCAGGUACGGCCAGCGAUUUCGCAAAGGCACCGUGGUAAAACCAAUGGUCGAUGACGACGAUGAUGACGAGGGUUGGGGUGCGCUGGGUGGAGCUGGCGAUGUGGGCACCGGCGCCCUGCUCCUGGACUGCGACGGCACGCUGGCGGAGACGGAACGUGAUGGGCACCGGGUGGCCUUCAACAAGGCCUUUGAGGAGAAGGGCUUCGAUGUGGAAUGGGAUGUGGAGCUCUAUGGCGAGCUCCUGACCACUGGUGGAGGAAAGGAGAGGAUGACACGUUACUUCAAAGAUUACAACCCAAAGGCCUGGAUCUUUGAGGACCCUCCAGCAAAGGACCACCCAGUCAUCAUGGAGCUUCAUGAGUUGAAGACCCGGAUCUUCAUGGAGAUUGUGAAGUCAGGAGACCUUCCCUUGCGUGAGGGCAUCAAGGAUUUGAUCUCUGCAGCAGAUGAAGCAGGAUGGCAGCUGGCAGUGUGCUCCACCAGCAACGAGGCCUCUGUGACGGCGGUGGUCGAGACGAUGUUGCCCGACUUUGCUCCCAAGAUGCGGAUCUUCGCCGGAGACGUGGUCUCCGCCAAGAAGCCCGACCCGGUGCCCGGGACAGAGCACCCGGAGACGAGCGGAGACCGAGCCGGACCAAGGUCUGUUGAUGAAACGAUCCUGUUUGGGAGAUUUUGA